CACUUACAUGUUAAAUGUUGGACAUAUUUAAUCUGAGUCUUCAUAUAAAUACACUGACAGCAGCACUAGGUCUAGCCUUGAAGACUCGCUCUUUGUUGAGCAUGGACUUAACAGCAGAGAGCCACUCUGUUCCUCUGAGUGAUGGAAACAGCAUACCUUUGAUAGGACUGGGAACUUAUGGGGAUCCCCGCACGACCCCUAAAGGAACUGGAUAUGAAUCAGUCAAACUGGCUAUUGAAACAGGGUACAGACACUUUGAUGGAGCUUUAGUCUAUUUCAAUGAACAUGAGGUGGGACAAGCUAUAAGGGAGAAAAUUGCAGAUGGAACUGUGAAGAGAGAGGACAUCUUCUACUGUGGAAAGCUGUGGAACACAUUCCAUCCCCCGAAUUUGGUUCGACCCGCUUUGGAGAAAACUUUGAAGACAUUACAGCUGGAUUAUGUUGACCUCUAUAUUGUAGAAAUGCCCACAGCCUUCAAGCCAGGAGAUACAUUUUAUCCCAAAGAUGAGAACGGACAGUACAUUUAUCACGAGACAGAUCUCUGUGCUACAUGGGAGGCUUUGGAGGCUUGCAAAGACGCAGGGCUGGUAAAAUCUCUUGGAGUCUCCAACUUCAAUAAGAGACAACUGGAGUUGAUCCUCAACAAACCUGGGCUAAAACACAAGCCUGUGUGCAACCAGGUUGAAUGUCAUCCCUAUUUUACUCAGCCCAAGUUGCUUGAGUUUUGCCGGCAGCAAAAUAUCGUUAUUGUUGGAUACAGUCCAUUGGGGACAUCUAGAGAUGCAUCAUGGGUGAACCUAAAAUGCCCACCUUUGUUGGAGGAUCAACUCCUGGCAUCGAUUGCUAAAAAGUAUAAGACGAGAACAGCCCAGGUGGCCUUGAGGUUCAACGUGCAGAGAGGAGUGGUGGUCAUCCCCAAGAGCUUUGACCCUGUCCGCAUUAAAACAAACUUUCAGAUAUUCGACUUCUCUCUUUCCGAGGCUGAGAUGAAGGCAAUUGAAGGAUUGAACAAGAAUAUUCGAUUUGUAGAGCUUCUCAUGUGGUCAGAUCACCCAGAGUAUCCAUUCCAUGAUGACUACUAGAUGCAACAGAUGUCAAGACUUCACUUAAAUGUGAUCAAAUAAAUUGGCUUGUUGACUUGAUUGCUUUUUACAA